AGCAGUGCACUUUUGCAUGGUGAGGUUUCUAACGCUGAUCUACAAUGAUGAAAAGGCGGCUAUUUUCCCGUUUGAAUUCAUUCAAAGAUUUAAGGAUCUUGAGGAGCUUUCUCUCAAGGGUUAUUUUGUGGAAGAAAUAUGCCAACAUCAAGAAACGAAUGCUUUGCAAGAACCUGAUGGGCCACUCCUGCAUGUGAGAGCACUGCAAUUAAUGUCUCUUCGUAACUUAAGGCAUCUGUUUGAGAAUGCAGAAAAUGUCAAGCCAGGCAAGGCAUUCCAAAAUAUAGAAGCCCUUAGUGUGUACCGCUGUCGAAGGUUAAACAAGUUAGUUCCAUUCUUAGAGGCUUUCAGGAAUAUGAAAGAUCUGAGAGUAUCAUCUUGCAAUGUAAUGACAAAUUUGUUGUCUUCCUCGACUGCCAAAAGUCUGGUUCAGUUGACACGAAUGAGCAUCGAUGAUUGUAAACAAAUAAGGGAAAUAGCAGCAUGCAAGGAAGGUGAAACAGAGGAUGAGUUUGCUUUCGCCCGAUUGAGGAUUGUAGUUCUUCACAAUUUGCCUAGUCUCGGGAGCUUCUACUCUGGUAAUGCUGCAAUGAGAUUGCCACUUUUGGAAAAACUGAUUCUAAGUCAAUGCUCUGAGAUGAGAAGUUUCUCUCGUGGAAUUAUAACCACUCAAAAGUUAAAUGAAAUUUUCGUGGGAAUAGUGAAUGCAGAUAUGUUCAAAUCGGUUGGAAAACGGUGGAUGGAUAGAAUUGAAUAUGAUUGUGUUCCCAGAAAACAGAUUUGGGAAGGUGAUAUUAAUUCGACAGUCCAAAAGAUUUGGGAGGAUUAUUCAAACUCAAGAGGUGACUCGUCCAUCGAAAAGAACAUCCAGAAAUCAAGAGAAGAGGCAGUUAAUCCUUAGCUCCUCCACGUUAGAUAUUACUAAAAAAAGAUGGAAAAAGCUCUCAAUGGAGCCCAGCUAUGAUGCAAACCAAGUUCAAUCAUUAUGCUUGUUUCUUGUAUUCAUCCCUGAUUUUGAAUUAAAAUUCAUAGUUCUCUACAGUG